AUGGAUUCAACAGAGCCGGAAGGAAGCGCUUCCCCCAUGAUUCCCCCCCCCGUCUUUGUAGCACGUGCGUAUCAAAUCUUGAGUACAACACCAAGCCACCAAUACCCCGCUAUGCAUCCCAUAGAGAACGGCACAUGGCACGGCACGGUAAGACGGCGUGAGGUCAAGUUCUCCGCUGUAAGCAAGUAA